GGAUUUCCUUUUUAUUUCUUUCAUCAGACAGACACACAUCUGCUCCAUGGAAAGAAUUCAUAGGGACUGAAAACAUCGCAUAUCUCUUUUCACACCAUGGAUACCACAAACUCUACAGGCUACCCCACUCCCUUCACAAGCAACAGCUCCUACGCACUGACCAGCACCACAGCAAUGUACCGCAGCCAAACCAUGACCGCUCCCGGCGCGCCAUGCAACAUUGAUGGCGGCGCCAUGCGGAUCCCGCUGGCCAUCUUCUACACACUCUUCUUCCUGUUUGGGUUGGUGGGUAACCUGCUGGCGCUGUGGGUGUUCCUGCGCGUGCACGACAAAAAGAACUCGGUGCGCGUGUUCCUCAUCAACGUGGCGCUGGCCGACCUACUGCUGGUCAUCUGCCUGCCCUUCCGCGUGAUGCAUCACGCCAACGGCAACCACUGGAUACUGGGGCCCGUGAUGUGCCGGGUGGUCGGGCACGCCUUCUACAUGAACAUGUACAUCAGCAUCACCCUGCUGGGGCUGAUCAGCGUUGACCGCUACCUGAAGAUCCACCGCUCCACCAGCCGCAAGCGCUUCAUGAGGGGCCGGUGGAGCUAUGUGGCCUGUGGGCUCCUUUGGUCCAUAGCUGGUGUCUGCGCCAUCAUCCUGAUCAGUGUUACGACGCACAAGGACGAGGGCAAGUGCUUCCACUACCGGCAAAUGUCAUCCAAGGGCCUGGCUUGCUUCAAGUACUUCCUGGUGGCGCUCUUCUGGCUGGUGUACGCGUCGCUGGUCAUCUCGUACCUCAAGAUCGGCAAGAUGCUGCAGCGGGCGUCCAAGGACAAGCCGGACCUGCCAAACGCGCAUAAGUACCGGCAGACGGCGCGCAAGUCCUUCUUCGUCCUCUUCCUGUUCACGGUCUGCUUUGUGCCCUACCACAUCGUGCGUGUCUUCUACAUCGCCUCGCAGCUCAGUGACACCCCCUGUGCCUGGCAGGACGCGGCGGACAAGGCCAACGAGGCCGCGCUCCUACUCUCGGCCUUCAACAGCUGCCUGGACCCUGUCAUGUACUUCCUGCUCUGCAGCUCCAUCCGCCGCACCACCCUGGAGAUCUUCCGGAAGCUCAUCCGCGAGCCCAACGUGGUUGUCAGCAGUGUGUCCAGCAGCGAGCUCGGCAGGAGCCAGCGUGAGCGACCGUCGCUGGCCAACAUCAACAGCGUCCACGCUCAGAGCGAGAGGAUGGUUAUUCAUACGCCAGUCAAGGGGAAAUAAGUUGCUCGACACAGUUGGGGAAAGCUGUUGAUAGCAUAUGCAGAUGCAGCUCCGAGAGACACAGUGGAGAGACCAGCCAGAGAGACGUGCAGUGAUUUCAGUAUCUCUCAAUUGUCUUGCCAGGGACUGAGAAAGAUGUAGAAAGCACUGGCAUCUUUCCUUAAUCUCAAGCCCAUCUGGUUGAACAUUUUUGGAACACUGGGGCCAAAUUAUAAUCUAUGUUUUCAGUAUAUGUGGAUGUAUAUUAUGUGUGGAGACAUGCAAAGGCCUAGGUUUUCAGAGGCAUUAGAGACGUCAGUCUGUUAUUGCUGUUCACAUUGGGCAAGAAAGUUGGAGAGAGGAACAGCCUCUGAGGGGCAAUGCAACACCUCGAAGAGCAAGAGAUGCAGAUUUGUUAUUUGUUCUCCUAUCUCAAUCACGUAACACUAAACAAACUCUAAAGCUGAGAGUUUAGCCUAAGCCUCAUUCUGGUCAUUUCUGUAUUUACACAGCAUGUGCUGUACGUAAGUCACAAUGACCCGAUUCUUCACAAAUGACUUAGCAUAAAGGCUUGUUUUACACAUUUAUACAUAAAAUAUUUUAUGUUUGAAUCCUAACUGUAUAUUUUGAGGGUCUGAUUUAGAAAAUGUUUGGAAAAGACAAUAUUUCUU